CUUGGAAUAAGACUAGGGAUGUUCAUUUCAUAUGGCAUAAACAAUCACAUGGACAAUUUAUAAACCUCUGAAAACAAGCUAACUACUCUUUUAUUUACAUAGGACGUCACUACCGAUUGCUCUCAAAAUGAGUGAAACUCCUUCAACUAGUAACUCAGUGAAUCAACCAAACUCCUCUGAGAGUGAACAGAGUUUAUCCACACGACAUAUCAAUGUUACUGAACCUGUUGUGGCAAAACGGAUCUGUUUCUAUAAAAGUGGAGAUCCUCAGUUUAAUGGGAUCAAAAUGGUCAUUAAUAACCGGUCUUACAAAACAUUUGAUGCCUUGCUGGAUAGUUUAUCCAAACGGGUCCCAUUACCUUUUGGAGUAAGGAAUAUUAGUACACCAAAAGGAAGACACAGCAUCAACAAUUUGGAGGAUCUUGAAGAUGGAAAAUCUUAUAUUUGCUCUCAUCAGAGGAAAAUGAAGCCCAUCAACCUGGAACAGGCUAGCAAAAAGCCACUGCCCUGGCAGAUCAGUAGGCCUGUCAGUGCCCGUCGUCGAGCUGUGCAAUUAGCAAGGGAGAAUGAAGAUGGAUUUGGCCAUCGAGAAGCCAAAAUAACAACUCCCAAAAAGAUGCUUGUUUUCAAAAAUGGGGAUGUAAGACUCAGGCGCACCAUAGUUCUGGGAAAGAAAAAUACACAGACCUUUGAGGCCUUCCUGGAUUAUAUGAGUGAAUUAAUGCAAUAUCCAGUUGUGAAAUUAUAUACCACUGAUGGCAGAAAGGUUCCUAAUCUUCAGGCCCUGAUAUUGUGUUCUGGAGCUGUAGUCGCAGCUGGGAGAGAGCCUUUUAAACCAAGCAAUUAUAACUCUCUUGGGUACUCACAGCCUGCUAAAUUGCUUGGAAUUGCAAAUCGUGUGUACCCAAAAGCAAAUGCCAAGUCAGAAAGUGAAAAUACGAGAGCUGAAAUGGGCUCUAGCUCAAGAUCCCAGCUGUUCUCAGUUUCUUCUAAUAAAGGGUCCAACAAUGAUAACAACUCAAACGAUAACAACUCGGAUUCUUCCUAUGUUCCUGACAGUCAUAGUGGUAUAGGAGGAAAUCAGUCAGUUACUGGUGAAGACUUAUCUGUGGCACAGUAUGAAGAUGACAUUGAAAAAUCUGUCCACCUUAAUCAAGAUGGCAGUAUCACAGUGGAAAUGAAAGUUCGACUGAAAAUUAAAGAGGAAGAAAGCAUUAAAUGGACAACUACUGUAAGUCGUGCUGGCCUUUCUGAUUGCAGAAAUACCGUCAUUUGCAAUUCUGCAACAUGUGCAGAAGACUGCUUAUCUAAUGUAAACAUAUCAGAACAUAGAAAGCCAAAAGAUGCUCCAUUUUUGGAGAGCGACAAUAAAGAAGGGGAAGACUCAUUACAGCAAUUCAAUGCAAAAAUGUCAGAUGAAAAAUCAGAGUCUGAGUUAAACACUGAUGGUUGUGAUAUCUAUAAGAAAAACAGUUCUGCGGAUCUAGAUACAAGAACUGUACCUGAAGAUAAUAUCAGGCCUCACUUCUAUAGGCCUCCCACACCUGGGCCAAGACGUGUUAGACAAAAGAAAGCAGUAGUUGAAAGUGUCACCUUGGUAUCUGAGAAAGAGGUUCAGGAGAAGACAAUAGGACAGUUUUCCUACAGUGAAGAAAUAGAGAAUGGAGAGAAUAAAUCAGAGUAUUGCAUGGUAGCUCAUUCAAGCAGGAAAAAAUCAAGUGUCAGUAAUUCAAAGUUUAGUGACGUAGGUGACAAUGAUCUGUUAAAGCUUUCUUCAGAGAAUAUAGAAGAAGAAAUGCUUGUUAAAGUAAGCCACAAAAGUAAUGAUUUAAUAGAAACCACAAAUAAGAAGAUAUUAGAAGUGCCUAAUGAGGAUGAUUUGGUACAGAAUAUGUUAGAGAAAUCAGUUGUGGAACAAGGGACUUAUAAUAGUUUAGUAUCGACUUGCAAAGCUAAAAUCAGUGGUUUCAUGCCAUCAUCAAAAAUUUACCAGGCAGCUAGGCCAGGUUCAGCAGACCGCAUCCAUGAGUCAUGUGAUAUUAAACAAAUAAAAAGAUCACUGAGUUCUUUCAUAAUGUAUUCAGAAUUAUGUCAGGCAAAAGAAGAAACAAAAUGCAAAGCUGCUGAUUUAUUACCUGAUUCUCAAGAUUCAGUGCAUUCAGCCAGUCCCAAACAGAGUCGGAUGAAGGCGACAGUACCUCCAUGUAGUAAAUCUCCUACUGAGGAGAUACAUCCUACUGUUACUGAAAGUGAGAAUCAAGUCAGUGUUAGGACUGAAUCUGUGACAACACAUCUUAUUGAUGACAGCCAGUCUGUAUCUUCCAUCACCAAAAAGAGGAAGAAGAGGAGAAAACAGUCUAAGUUUCUUGAGCAAGGUACAUAUGACAAACAAAAAGAUAAAGAAAUUUCAGGGAUAAUUAAAGAUGAAGGAAUAUGUGACAUGAGUAAACCCACACAGGAUUCCACAAUAGAGGCUAUGGACAAUUAUUCUGAAAUGUCUCAGAAAACAGAAAUGGAAAACAAUGAUGAGUCUAUAAAUUCAGACAAAAACGUAUGUCCUCAAAAUGAAUUCUAUCACCAGAAUUCAUUAGAACAAAAUGGAUUAUCAUUUAAUAAAAAACCACAAAGUAAUAAUAAAAAGUUGGCCAAGGUAAAAUUGAAGUCAGGCAAAAAAAUUAGUAUCGUUUCGUCUGCAAAGAGUGAAGAUGGUCUAAUGACAGCUGACUUGAACAAUGAAUCUGAACACAGCCAGAAUAUACCGAGUACCGAGAAAAAAGGUACACAUCUCACAACCUAUUCUUUUGAACAGACCCCUAACUCAUCAGUGAUUUCAAAGCCAUUGUCAGAAGUGCCAAAGAACCUUAACUUUGAAAAUGAAACUGAAAAGAAUAGUUUGAAAAAUUUGUCUUCAAAGAAAGAGAAAAAACAAAAAGAGAUGAAGAAAAAUCUAAGUAAACGUGUAAAUAAGUUAAGUAUGUCAGAGAGGACCAUUACAGUAGAGGCCCUAAAACAGGAGGAUUUUCAAAAGGAGGUUGAUGAACAUUCACUUGAAAACUAUGUCCAAAGUUGGCUGAAAAACUUGUCACCAAAUUCUGUCUUACCCCCUAUAAAUAAAAAAGAAGGAAAUGUAGAGAAUAGCAAAGUCUGUAAUUUUCCUACUGAAAAUUUUGAUGCUUCUAUGGAUAAGGAAACAAGAUGCAUCACAAGUAAAGUGCAUGUGACUGGAAAAAAUAAUCUUGUUGAACAUAAUCUAACCAAAAAAACAUUAAAGCCUAUUUGUGCAUUGGGAACGUUAGAAGAAUCAGCCAAGGAUUCAGGUGAAAACCAAACUGACUCUUUGAUUCAUACUAAUGCAACUAUAGUAGAAGAAACCAAAUAUUCACUGAAGUCAGAAUUUCAUCAUGAUGGUAAGCUACACUUGUUUCAUGAAACACAUGACAACGAUAAAAAGAAGUCAGAAGUUGACAUUCAUGAUACCAGUCUAUGUCAAAGAAAAAAAUCUGAAGUUGCUGUUCAAGUUGAUUGUGCAAUUGUCAAUGAGAAAAUGAGAAUCGAUGUUCAGAAUAACUGCAUGUCUAGCGUGUUGCUGCAUGAACUGCAGUCGACUUUACAUGGUCUCCAGAAAGAUCAUAGUGGAUGUAUAGGAAAACCUUGCAGUGUUUCAGAGCUUUCUCCUUCAGCGUUCGCUUCUUCCUCCAGUGUCCUCCUGGCUUGGCUACUUGUACUAAAUAUGAGAGAGAGUUUGAUUGGGACAAUCAAAGAUGAUAUGCAAAAAACUACCUGUAGCUGUUCUGAAAUAUUCACACAGUUACAAUUUCUGAAACAAACUACAGUCAUAGAAAAAGUUGAUGAACUGACGGCUGCCUUUUCACAUUUUCAACAAUCAAGAGAAAAUAACUUAUUAAAAUUUGAGAGGGAACAAAAAAAGCAGGACUCCACACAUUGCCAUGAGAAUAUGUUCAUACCUGAAAUUAAUAAUGAAAUUAAUAAUGAAAUUCAAAUUCAUCAUUUGCAUGAAAAUGAAAAAUCAGUUGAGCCUUGUAUUCCAAAGGACAGUGUAAAUGCUGAAGAAGCUCCAAAAUUGACUGGUGAAUUAGAAAGCUGUUUUGAUAUACAGAAAGAUAUUUAUAGCGAAACAGAGGCUUUAGACCUGAGUGCUCCCAAAACACAGCUGGAUGAUCAACAUGCCAAUACUAAUUCAAACACCUGUGGUCUUGCAUCAGCUGUAGAGCCACCUGAAAGAAACCAAGACAUGCCUGAUAGCCUAUAUAAAAAAUCUCAAGAUAAAAACACUGAUUCAUUCACUAAUGAAGAGUCAGAAACUUCAGUAGAACCUAACUCGACAGUUCAUAGUGUAACUUCCAAUUAUAAAAAUCACAUUUUAGAUGAGGAUAUUUCUGAGUUAGAAGGUGAAAAAGGUAUUAUACCUGUCACUGCUGAUAAAAGUGAAGAUGAGACUGUUGAUCCACAGUCAACAGAUAGUGACGAAAAAACAAACAGCCAACAUAAACUAGCUGCUGAAAUCUCUGUAGAACAUAAUAAUGAGGAUUAUUCUAUACAGGAAGACAAGGAAGGUGCAGAAACUUGUGAGGAAACCUCUGAGAGGUUAUCUACAGUCUCUCCAUUAUCAUUUUGUUAUGAAUCAAAGCAAAUUACAGAAUGUGAUAUGAGUGAAGGAGAACAGAAACUGCAAGUAGAAGAACUACAGAAUAAAAUGUGUUCAGACACUUCUCAAAUUAAAAAACACUUAAAAAGUCCAGCUACUUCAGACUGGUCAGAUUACAGACCAGACAGUGAAGAGAGUGAUCAUAACUUUAGAGCAUCCAGUGAUUUGACCAAUGAAAGUGGGGAGGAAGCAGUACUUGAAAAACAUUAUAAUACUGGCUAUGUAAAAAGAACUAUUGAACGACUUUAUGGAAAGACAGAAGCUUCAUUUAAGCCUGACUUUCACAAAGGAUUUCCUUAUAUGUCAAAAGUAUUUCAAAGGGAUACUGAAGAAUUCUGCUCUGCAGUGGCAGAAAAAAGCAUUAAUUUUUGUCAAGAACCUAGGUCUUGUUCUGCAGAGAAAUUGUCACAUUUUUCACUACCAUCACAAGAAUUUCCAGUAAACAAAAACAGAGAUAACACUACAUUGAGAAGAGAGAAUACUUCUUUGCCACAACCUACUCUUAACAGAAAAGAAUCAAGUUAUACUAAUGACUCUUCAGGAGAAUCUCCAAAGCAACAUUGUCAACCUAGUGUACGAGCUAAUGAAGAUGAAGGAAUAUUGAUAGAUAAAGGCAAAUGGCUACUCAAAGAAAAUCAUUUGAUAAGAAGAUCGCCACCUGAACAGACUGGAAUGUAUGGUAAUCUGGAUACAACAUCAACAGACACAGUCCUUGAUACUAACAGUGAUGAUGUUCCAUACUCGCACUUUGGUUAUCUGAAUCAGUACCCAGCCCUCAAUGAAAUAUCUUCGUCAGAACUUGAAGACAUGGCUAAACCAUCUGAAAAUGUUUGCAACUACUUCAAUAUACCUCAUAAUAGUGAUUCAGAUCCCUUUCAGGAUGACCUAAAUUCAAAAAGCAAACCUAGUCACAAUGGUAAGAUUGCUUCUCUUCCUGCAGCAAACAAAGAAAAGAUCAAACAAUCAGUCGUGGGAGGUUCUACUUCGACACAUCUUUCCACACAGACUGAUACCAAUUUUCUGGCCUUUACAUCUGUAGAACUUAGAUUGCCUGAUAACAAGGUGCAUCCAGUGGAAGAGCCUUUAAAUGAUGAACCCAUACGAUCUCAGCCAACUGAUGCUAGUAAUGCUAACAGAAGUGCUCUUCAGGAAGAAGAUUCUCUGGAUAAACUCCAUGCCAUAUGUGGCCAACAUUGUCCGAUACUGAUGGUGACAGUAACACCAAUUAAUGAGGAACAGAGAGGAUAUGCUUACCAAAAGGCAUCUGAUAUUGAGAACCAGCUGGGUCCAUGCUUGUUGGCCAAAAAGAGUGAAUAUUUAGAAUGGUCAGGCAAAGAUUUAAUAACAGACAAAAAUAAUCAUGUGACUCUGAAGAAUAACUGUAUCAAUAAGAUUGCCAAUAAUAUUUUUAAUAGGUUUUAUGCUAAUAACACCUUAGAUUUUAUUAGUAACUUUGGAAUACUUGCAUCUUCAACUCUGAAAGUCACAAGCAGUUUAAGGAGAUUUCGUGUUACAGAGGAUAUGAGUCUAAAACCUGUGGAAGCCAGCAAUUGUCAAAAUAAUUUAUCCAAACACAUAUCCAGUGAUCUUGUGAUAGGCACUAACAGUAAGCUACCCAGUGGAAAGCCAAAAAUAUGCCAGACCCUAAUAAACCUAAUUUAUAUUGAAGAAAAAUUUUCUCCUAUUUUGGCAGAUAGAGCAGGAAUCUCUCAUCAUGAAACAUUUCUGAAGUGUGACACUUCUUUAAAUAACAUUGAACAUCAUACCUCUGAAGAUCUGAAAAACAAAAAUGCCUUUUCUACAACAGAAGAAGAAGAGAAAGAGGAAGAAGAAGUUUACUUUUGUACAGUGGACAAUGGAAAAAUUAAAGAUGAGAAAGACUUGAAAUAGAGAUCUUGAAGUUUCUAUAGCAUUAGGUUAGUGAGCAUUUUAAGAAAAAAAUAAAUCACAAAAUAAACUACUGAAUGCCACAACCAAUAAAGCUUCCAAUGUGGAUACAGCCCAGUGCUAGACAAAAAUAAAUCACAAUUGUAUAUCUUUGCUGAAGUAGAGAUGACGUAGUUUUUGUACGGGAAACAACAUAGGAAGAAAUUUGUUCUAAACCAGUGAUUUCUUGGUUAAAAAUACCCACUUUUUUCGCUAUAACAUUAUCUGUUCAGAGAUAUUAAGUUAUAUAACAAACACCUCAUUUGUAGAGAAACAACUACUGCUUGUUAGAAUAGAGAACUGAAAUUUGAAAUACUUGCCCAAGUUCUAACAUAAGAUUCCUGUAUUUAAUGACGUUUGAGAGAGUGUUUGAGAAUUGUCUUUAAGUAGAAAUGUUUUUUUCCAGGACAAAAUCAACUGAUAAGCUUAAUCUGAAGUGAAAAGUAGGAAAGAGUAUUUAGAUGCUGUAAUACAAUUAAAAGCAGUAAUCAGAAGUCAUGUUAAUUUCAUAUAGGUUAAUAUUGUGAAAUUACAGUUUUUAAAGGCCAACUUUAGAAUAUUUAUAUGAGUAGAGAGAUCUUUUACCCUGUAUAUAUGAUCAUCCAGACCUCAAAAGAAUUUUUGCCUCUUUUAUGCCAGAGGCUACUAGAAAAGGAGCAUACUUGUUGCUGGGAUGCCACAGGAACUGAGAGACUGCGUGUCAAUGGACUUCCCAAUUACCCUUGCCAUAUUCCCUUCUGAGGCAGCACUACUUACUCUUAAAACUGUUCUACAUAUACUAUAUAUUUUAGUCGUGUGUUCUUUAACUUCUGUAUUUUAAAGGUGGUGUAUGUCUUUUUUUAUUAUUUUUUUUUCCUAAAUGUUGUAUUAUGAGAAUCCAAGGUGUAUGUGAUAUGCUUCAGGAUCUUUCAGUCUGUUACUAGAAUUAUUUUGGAUACCUGUUUACAAUAUUUUUCAAUAUUAUGUGUGUGUAGUAAACACUUAUAUAUGGUUUACAAUUUUCAGUAAAUUAUUUUAAAUUUUAAAUUUGAAAAUAUUUAAUGUAUAUUGUGAUUAGGCAGAGUAUUUCAAUUUUUUUUUUGUUAGAUUUUAGUCCCUAGCACUGCAUAGUACCCUGCUUCAAUUUCAGUGAAAUCAGAGAUAUAUCUAAAGAAAGAAGGUGCUAUUUUCAGUUAGAGAACGAGAAUUUGGACAUUCUGUUCUCUUGGAGGCUCAGUCUAGACUAGCUGGCAAAUACAUGUUGCAAUAAGCCCUGGGUCACAAUCUUUUGGUUAUCCGGAUUGGGGACUUAAUUAAAGGCUGACACAAAUCCCUUUUGGUCCAGAGGCUUUGGUAGUCUCCCCGUGGGACAGGAAGCACGUGGAGGGGAAGUAGAAGUUGGAUCUGGAGCUAAAAGGCUUUGCAGUACGGGUGGGAAGCCUGGAAGCACUCAAUUCUUCUUAGGAGUCUAGUGGCGUAUAUAUUUCCCCAUAAAUACUUGAUAUGUUUCUUUGUUUGAAGCAGUGUAUUCUAUAUAAUAAACUACCAUUACCACACUAAAUCAAAAUAUAUUGUCUAAUGUAUUUUGUACCAAAGAGCUGUGUGCUGUUUCCUGUGCUGACCUUGUUUCUGAUGUUCUUGUCUCCAUCUCCGCAUU